UCUGGUUUAUUUGUUCAAGAAGACCACGUCAAAGUUCACUUUUGCAUUCAAUUUGUGAUCUUCGUCCCGCAAACAAAAAGCAGCAUUUCCUCUCUGCACACGGCUUCAGGAUGUGGGUCACUGUCGUGGUCUCUGUGGCCUGUCUGCUGGUCAGUCCCUCUCUUGCUGGAGUCAAAACUCUGGAUUCGCACUUUGCGGACCCAGUACCAGACGCCAGAGGCUUGGGGGCCGGGGCGGAAACAGAUAUCGAGGCCAUCCCAUUGGAGUUCCACAAGGAAAACACGGUCACUAAUGAUCUGGUUUUCGACGGCUUUGAGGAUGAGGAUUACAUUGAUUUUGACAAGAUCCUGGCAGCCGGCGGCGACGACUACACUGAAGGAGACGAGAUAGACGAGAUCGCCACCCCAGCCCCAGACAUCGACAUUUUUGCCGAACCCUCCGACCCAAAGAUUCGGCGUGCCAGACUCCUCCGGCUGUUUCAUGGCCGUUCACGUCUGAAACGCCUCAACGUCGUCAACGCCCACUUUGGUUUCAAUCUCUACAGAAGUCUGCGCAAUGACGUGAACCAAAGCAACAACAUCCUCCUGGCUCCGGCCGGGAUCUCCAUUGCCAUGGGAAUGAUGUCUUUAGGGGCGGGAUCUGGAACCCACGAUCAGAUCUAUAAAGCUCUGGGAUUUGCAGAAUUUGUCAACGCCAGUCACCACUACGACAACACUACAGUACACAAGCUCUUCAGGAAGUUGACACACAGGCUCUUCCGCAGAAACUUUGGCUACACACUUCGUUCUGUCAACGAUGUCUACAUAAAAAAAGAUGUGACUAUCAAGGAAGGUUUCCGGGAUGAGACCAAGGCCUUUUAUUUCGCAGAGCCCCAGUCAGUGGACUUUAGGGACGCAGCCUUCUUGAACAAAGCCAACCAUCGCAUCCAGAAGCUGACGAAAGGCUUAAUCAAGGAGCCUCUGAAGAGUGUGGACCCAAAUAUGGCGCUGAUGCUGCUCAACUAUCUUUACUUUAAAGGUACGUGGGAGCAGAAGUUCCCUAAAGAAAUGACGCAUUACCGGAACUUUCGUGUCAACGAGAAAACAAACGUGCGAGUUCCAAUGAUGACCAAUAAAGGAAACUACCUGGCUGCUGCCGACCAUGAGCUGGAGUGUGACGUUUUACAGCUUCCAUAUACGGGUGCCAUCAGCAUGCUCAUUGCCCUGCCACGAAAGAUCACUGGGAUGAGGACUUUAGAGCAGGAGAUCUCCCCCACAGUCGUCAGCAAGUGGCUCCGAAACAUGACUAACAGGACUCGUGAGGUGGUGCUACCACGGUUCAAGCUGGAGCAGAACUAUGACCUGAUUGCCAACGUGAAGGAAAUGGGCCUGACCGAUCUAUUCACAGGGACUGGGGACUUUACUAAAAUGACCUCAGAGAAGGUUGGCAUGAACUGGCUACAACACCAGGGGACCAUCACAGUGAAUGAAGAAGGCACAGAGGCUGCAGCGCUGACCCAGGUGGGCUUCAUGCCUCUGUCCUCCCAGAUUCGCUUCACAGUGGACCAUCCCUUCCUUUUCUUGAUCUACGAGCACCGCACGGACUGCCUUGUGUUCAUCGGCCGCGUGGUCAACCCGACACAGAAUUAGUCCAGUGCAUUUUCAUGCCCCUCAUAAACUUAAUUUCUUUUGUACUCCACAAGAAUUUGUAAGUUCUUAUAAUUAUAUUCCACAAUGACAAUACACUCUUACAGACAACUUGCAUAAGGACGAACAGGUAAGACUAAAAUCUUUCAAGGAACAGCUUUUAGAGACCAGAUUACUCACUAGUAUGUUUGACCAUGUGUGGGUUAAGUUUAAGGAAAUUUCUGUCAGUUUUUUUUCUUGCCAAAACAACAGCAGAUACCUGCGCAUUCAAGCGCCCCAGCCAAAAGUCCAAAUAAAAAUUAUAUUUAAA